GCCAUCCAGUACCGGUCUAGCCAUGGGCGCGCGCGCACGGGUCGCGGCGGCGGUCCCGGCCCCGCGGCGGCGCACCCCGAUCGAGUGACGAGCCGAUUGUCGAAAAGUGACGAGUUCGAAAAAAAUUAGUGUGUGUCUGUGUGUGUUGUGUGCCAUACACCCCCUCUGCGGUGGUGGUGUCCGUGAGUGACGACACGAGUGUCAGCGGCACGCAAAGGACCCUCUGCGACAUGGAACGCACCCUCUUACUUGGAUAACGACUCCCAGUGACCACAGAGCGGACCGGAGCAGCUCCGCCAUGCCGUGGCUCAAGUCCUGCCUGUCCCCGCAGCCGGCGCGCAAGAAGCCCACCAUCAGCCCGCCCCUGCACCUGCUCCUCAAGCCCGACGGGGAGUCCCAGAACCAUGUGUUCCGUGCCAAAGUGUUCAAGAAGCCCCGGCCCUGCCACCUGUGUCAUCAGCCCAUUCACCAGCUGGGGAGCUGCUGCCGAGUGUGCAAAUACGUGUGCCACAAGGCGUGCGAGAGCAAGUACAUCAAGGAGACGCAGCAGAAGCCGGGCGCCAAAGGAAAGACCACGACGCCCGGCCAGAACACGUCCGUUAACAACAACAACAUCAGCACGCUGCCCAACAACAACAGCAGUGGUGGCGGCGGCACCCUCGGCGGCAAUGGCGGCGGCGGCAGCAGCAGCGGCGGUGGCUCCACCCUCCACAAGAGCCUGCCGUCGGCGGGCACCGGCGGCAGCACGGCGGUGAGGAGGGCGGCCAGGGCGCGGCCCCGGGACGCCAUGGACCUGCGCUACGUCACCGAGCGCAUCAUCGCCCUGUGGGUGCCCGGGGACGUCGGGCGCGCCGCCUACCUGCAGGGCCAGCAGCAGGCCGCCAACAUGCUGCGCACCAAGCACGCCGACAACUACAUGGUGUUCAACCUGUCGGCGCCGCGCCGCUCGCUGCGGCAGCACCACCAGUCGGUGCGGGAGCUGGGCUGGCCCCGGGACCUGGCGCCGCCCCUGGAGCGCCUCUGCUCCAUCUGCAAGGACAUGGACUCGUGGCUCAAGGGCGGCCCGCGGCGCAUCGCCGUCGUGCACGCCAGGGGUAGCAAGGACCGUAUCGGCGUGGUGGUGGCGGCCUACAUGCACUACUCGCAGAUCUGCGGCGGCGCGGACCAGGCGCUCGACCGGUUCGCGAUGAAGCGCUUCCUGCAGGACCAGGUGGAGGACGUGGACCAGCCCUCGCACCGCCGCUACGUCGACUACUUCUCGGGCCUGCUCUCGGGCUCCAUCAAGAUCAACUCGGCGCCGCUGUACCUGACGCACGUCACGGUGCUGGGCGCGCCGUCCUUCGAGCCGACCCACCCGGACGGACCGGACCCGGGCGGGGGCGCGCCGGGCGCGGCCGGCGGCGUGGCGGGCGGCUGCCGCGCCUUCCUGCGCGUGUACGAGGGCCUGGUGCCCGUGCACACCUCGGCCGUGUACUGCGUGGCCGAGGACGCGCGCGCUUUCACCGUCAACGUGGCGGCCGAGCGCGGGCGGCGCGGGCUGCAGCUCCGCGGUGACGUGCUUGUCAAGUGCUACCACCGCCACUACACCAAGAAGAUCGACCCGAACGACCCGACGCACUACAAGGAGGCGCGGGAGAUUGUGUUCGCGGCCCAGUUCCACACGUGCGCCGUCUCUGACUACACACUCAGCUUCACCCGGAGCGAACUGGACUACGCUUGCGACGACCUCCGCUUCCCUCUGGACGGCGCCGUCGAGCUGCACUUCUCGCCGACCCCGGAGCCGCGGCUGCCCUCGCCGGCGCCGACCCCGGCCGUGCCCACCCUGGACUCCUCGGAGGACCCCGUGACGCGCUGGGACUCGUACGAGCACCUCUCCAACCUAGGCGCCAGCGACGACGAGGACGGCGACAUCAUGUCAGAGCACGAUGACGAGCUGAGCCACACGUAUGGCCCCCUGGACGGGUCGCUGUACGCCACCGUGGGCCGCAAGCAGCAGCUGCAGAUGCAGCAGGAGGCGCUGCGGCAGCGGCAGCUGCAGCACCAGCAGCAGCAGCACAUCCAGCUGCACCACCAGCGCAUGCGCGCGCUGCAGCCGGCGGGCGCGUCGCCGGGCAGCGAGCACACCAUCUCCAUGGACUCGGGGAUCUCGUCGGCGGGCAACGGCGGCAGCAGCAGCGCGGGUGGCGGUGGGGCGGGGCAGCACGCGGCCACCCCGGGCGCGGCCGCGAGCCCGGCCAGCAGCAGCCAGCGCGCCCUCGACGACCUCCUCAACGACAUGCUCCUCACCGUCGAGAGCAUCCCGGACCUCAAGCCCGAGCGCGGUGGGGCCGCUGGCGGCGGGGUCGACCUUCAGCGCCAGCAGCGCGGCGGCGACUCUCGGCACUACCAGCAGCGGGCGCCCCCCGCGCCCACCGCGCCCACCGGCGUGUGCCCGCCGCCGCGCCCCGCCCGCCAGUCGAGCCUAAGCCCCGGACCCGUCAGCCCGCUCCUCGGCGCCGCGCCCGGCCGCGCGCCCGCCUCCGCCACGGCCCCCACCACGGAGCCCGAGCUGGAUGAGAUACCGUACCACGCCCGGCUGGACGGCCGGCCGUUCACGUACGUCCCCGGCGCGCCGCAGCAGCAGCAGCCGCAGCAGUACCACCAGCAGCAGCCCGCCGCCGCCAUGGCGCCCUCCGUGACCAGCAACGGGCUGUCGAGCCCCGGGCUCGUCCGCAAGGCGCACGCCAACGGCGCCAACGGCUACGCCACCUCCACGCCGAGCAGGGUCUCCAACGGCACGCCGGUCGGCUCGCCGGGCUGGUCGUCCACGCCCAGGGAGCCGUCGUCGUCGGCGAGGUUCCAGGACGACGUGCUGUCCGACGGCCCCGGAGGCCGCAGCCACCUGACAUGGCUGCAGCGGCAGCAGCAGAAGCUGCGCGAGCGUCGCGAGGGCCUGCUCCGGUCGGCUCGCCAGCCCCACGAGGCGCGGCUGCUGUCCGAGCUGCGCUCGCUGCACUCCACGGGCCAGGCCGGCGCCGGCGGGCGGCAGGCGAGCCGCCAGGCCAGCCGCCGCCUGGACGGCUACACCAGCGACACCACCAUGUUCGCGGACGAGGAUGAGGAAGACUUCUGCCGCCCGCUGCACGUCAACACCGGCGCCGCCAAGCUCAACGGCGGCCUGUCGGCUCCCGGCUCGCCCCUGCAGCGGCGGACCGCGCCCUACAACACGGCCCAUCAGCCCUACGCGUUGUCCCGCCAGAAGUCGGACUCGUCCUUCGACCGCGAGCGGCCCUUCGUUUCCGUGAAGCGCGGCUACGAGCAGCGCUCCAAGUACGAGUCGCCGGCGGACACUACUGUGCACUCUGUCACCUUUGACCGAACGCCCAGCAGCCACUACACCAACAGCAACAACAGCCAAAACAACAGCCAGCACCUAAGCAACGGCUACGCCAACGGCUACGCGAAUGGCUACAGCAACGGCUACAGCAACGGCCUGAGCAACGGCGCGAGCCAUUACAGCAACGGCUCCGGCCACUACAGCACGCCGCGGCCGGAGGGCCCCGCCGCCCCGCACCGGACCCCGCCGUCGGCGGGCACCUCGGCCGCCGCCAGGACCCUGUUCCACAACCAUGUGAACGGGGUGGGUAACGGCAAGCUGAGCGGACCCCCAAGCCCCGAGGACAUCCUGAUCCUGGACGGCCACCACCAGGACGCCCUGGCCUGCCUCAUGGCCUCCCUCGCCUCGCCGUCAGAGUCCCCGACCUCGGCGUCCUCCCCCCUGUCCAUGUCGACGCCGUCCCCGCCCGCCGCCUGCAGCCCUGUCACGCUCGCACGAGACGCCCGUAACGCUAGCGACAGCAGCACUAACAGCACAUACGCAUGGCAAUCCGUGCAGCAGCAGCGGGAGGACAGCUACUCCUCCUGGAGAAGUGAAGAGGACAGAUUCUCCCGGCCGCAGACGCCAGCAUUCCCUGUGCAGCCCAGAACGCCCUACUCCAAUAAUGGCCACCAGUUUGACUCGGCCGGCCUUCCCCCUAAGAGUCCGACAACUCAGCGACGCUCGGGGUCAUUUAAACACCUCCGGAGGUGGCCCUCCAACUCGUCAGUCUCUAGCAAGGACCGCUCUCCGUCGCCGAUGUCCGACAUGCAGGGGCAAGGCAUAUACAUGCAGCAUAGUCCAAAGAGCCCCGUGGGAGCCAACGGGGGCCAGUCGUCGCCGACGGUGUACUCGAUGCACUCGCGGCGGUCGUCGACGCACUCCAACAGCGAGCCGCCCCAGGAGGUGGCGGCGCACCACGUCAAGUUCGUCCGCGACACGUCCCGGUACUGGUACAAGCCCAACAUCUCCCGCGAGGACGCCAUCUCGUUGCUGCGCGAGUCGCCGCCGGGCACCUUCGUCGUCCGGGACUCCAACUCGUUCCCGGGCGCGUUCGGCCUCGCCCUCAAGGUGGCCGUGCCGCCGGCCACCGUGGCGCAAAAGGCCGCCUUCUUCAGCGGCGACGCCAGCGAGCUCGUCCGGCACUUCCUCAUCGAGCCCACCUCCAGGGGGGUGAAGCUCAAGGGCUGCACCAACGAGCCCGUCUUCAGCUCGCUGUCGGCGCUCGUCUACCAGCACUCCAUCAUGGCAAUGGCGCUGCCCUGCAAGCUGCUCCUCCCGGACGGCGAGCUGGGAGUCCCGGGGCCCGGCGCCACCCUGGGUGGCCUGCAGGCCCGCCACGUGUCCGAGCUGGGCAGCAGCCCGUCCUCCACCACCUCGGGCAGCGUCAACAGCGCGCAGCAGCUCCUGGCGCAAGGCGCAGCGUGCAACGUGCUGUACCUCUUCACGACGGACACGGAGUCGCUGACGGGACCGCAGGCGAUCCGGCGCGCCGUCCAGCAGCUGUUCACGUCGCGGCCACUGCCGUCCGCCACCGUGGUGCACUUCAAGGUGUCCAGCCAGGGCAUUACGCUCACCGACAGCAAGCGGAGGCUGUUCUUCCGGCGCCACUACCCAGUGUCCACCAUCUCGCACUGCGGGCUAGACCCGGACGACCACCGGUGGAGUCAAAAGAGCCCCGACACGGGCAUGCCCAUCAGCUCCAACCGGUGUUUUGGAUUUGUUGCGAGAAAGCCUGCCAGCAGAUCUGACAAUCAGUGCCAUAUAUUUGCCGAGCUGGAACCUGAACAGCCAGCAACUGCCAUCGUCAAUUUUGUGUCUAAAGUUAUGAUGAGUGGAGUGGGACAGAAAAAUGUUGUGUGAGGGUUUUUAACUUAAUUCAACUGCGGCUGCAUUCUGGAAACUCUAGUGGCGUACAACGAGAGAAGUGCUACACAAGGUGUGCUCUAGUCGUGAAUGAAAUUUAUUACUUGCAAUUCCACCUCACCACCCACAAUUUUUCAACACAGGGCAUUGUGUGACUGCUAGUUACAUUUAGCCCGUAGUGUUUAAAGGUUUUGUAAAAUUUUAACUGCUUCCGAGUUUUAUCAGUUAUAAAUGUUUUGAGAACCCUUCCAAAUACCUGGUGACUGAGCAAAGUUUGCAUGUUGAUUUUUCAUUAUGGGACUUGCAAGUUCUUUUACUUUGAAAAUAUAACUGUGUUAUAGUAUGAAUUGUAAAAUUUAAAUGUCUGAAUAACAACAGUACUUUUCCCAUGCAAAUUAACUGAUUGUCGCUUUUCAAAAGAGCUGGUUUGUGACUCUCACAUUUUAUACAUUCCAAACUUUGCAAAUUGUGUUCCCUACAAUUAAUGAACAUCUUUGUAAUAUACCUGCUCUGUUAUCUGUAUACAAAAUUGUAUAGGUAAUUAUGGUUAUGGGGAGAAAGCAUGUGAAGAUGACCCUUGUCACUUUUCAUUAGUACACUCGAAAACCACUAGGGGCAUGUUUCAUGCAAAAAUUUCUCUGAAUGCAGUUGUAUGUUUUGAUUUUAGUUCAACUCCAUUGGCAGCUGAGGGUGUAUGAUCUUAUAAUGAAAAAUGAAUAUUUCUCUGUGCCAAUUUAAAAUCAAAUGAAAGGAGAACUCAUCAUAACUGCUAAUUAACAUUAUAAAGUUGCAGUGAGCUUUAUCAUGUGUCAUAUCAAACUUCUUGCCAAUGGUGCUUUGUUUUUUUUCAAAAGUCAUGGUAUUUUUGUACAAGUUUAUUCCAAUAUCCAUCUAAUAUGGAAUGUUUUUCAUUUUGCUUUCAUUGCAACGACAUUCAUAGUGUAUGCAGAAAGUAAAACUUCUGUUACAAGUAAUGAGCUAGGUAUUAAAAUCUGUUUUAAUUUGCAAUUGCAUUAAUGUGGAAAAUAGUAUAGCAAAGUAGUCACUUUACGCCCAUCAACUUAGGAUUUCUCUUAUUUAUUGUCUCUGUCUUAAGUGUGUCGUAAGAUUUUUAUGAAGUUAUAUGUUUUACCUGUAAACAUAGUGCUUAACUGCCCAUAUGAUGUCUAUUGAGUUGUAUGACAAAAGACUCCAAUACUCACUUUAUUAAUAGCAACAAUGAAUUUUUUGCUUCCAAUUUUUUUAAAAAAACUACACAUUUUAUUUAUGGAAAGGAUUACCUAACUUUUAACAAACUUGCUGUGACAGGUAGAAUUUAAAAGUUUUAGCUUUCUCUACCUCAAAUUGAAAAAUGUUUGUAAUUUAUUGUAGAGGAUCUGUCAGGUGUGAAAUGGGAAAAAACAAAUUAAAUAAUGUACAUACAUGUACACAUUGUAUUUACUAUAGUUUGUAAGAUUGUGCUAUAAAUUGAAAAUAUGCAAACAAUGCCAACAAGAGUCGUUUAACACGUUCACUGCCAGAGCAACCCAUGUUGAGAUGAAGCAUGGGAACAUGUGUGUUUGCUUGGCAGUGAACGUGUUAAAAAGAAAAAUAAUAUAUACAUGUAUCUUUUAAAAAAUUGGCUAACAGCCAUAUGUCUAGGACUAGUAAACAAGCAAACAUGGUAUAAUGUGAGUGCGCAUUAAAAUUGAAAAGACUUAAAGUGAAAGAAAUUUUUUACUGAAGGGACUGCCAGAAAAUGUUUUAACAUUCACUAAUUUAAAGAAGAAAAGAGAGAGUUAAUAUAACUUGUGUACCUAACAAUUGCAUUCUCAUAGUGGCGUGUACUCCUUGUUUCUGAGUCAAGAAAUUUCUGUUAAAGGGCAAUAAAAAUAUUACAAAACUGU